AAAAUAUGUUUAUUUGCUUGUUGACAGGCACUGGAUGAUCCUACCUAAACAAUGUCUGUCCCACGUGGAGCUGUCCAUGCAAAAUGGAUAGUAGGGAAGGUAAUAGGAACCAAAAUGCAGAAAACUGCCAAAGUGAGAGUGACAAGACUGGUGCUAGACCCUUACUUACUAAAGUUCUUUAACAAGCGGAAAACGUAUUUUGCCCAUGACCCGUUGCAGCAGUGUGUUGUUGGAGACAUUGUUCUUCUGAAAGCUUUGCCUGAAAGGAGGAGCAAGCAUGUGAAACAUGAACUGGCUGAAAUUGUUUUCAAGGUUGGAAAUGUCAUAGAUCCAAUAACAGGAAAACGCUGUGCAGGAACCAGGUUCCUUGAAAAUUUGUCAGAUUCCGAAAAUCUGACAGAGGCAGAUACUACCUAUUUAAGUGAAAAACUCCAGGAACUUAAAGUUUCUUCAACAGAUAAAUAGAAGGAAAACACCUGGAAGGCUUUUCAACUGAUCUGUGAGGGGUAUUUGGGGCCCUGUUGUUGUAUGUAACAUGUUUCAGUGAUCUUUGGA